AUGAAAGUCGACCACAUUCUCAAAAAACACUCAGGCAAAGGAGUUAAGAAAUUCAGGAUCGAAUUACACAUUCCAGUUGAUCCCUGCUAUCUUAAUAGCUGGCUUCAGAUUGCUGCUGAACUACGGAUUGAGGAACUCGCCGUUGUUCUACCUUCAACCUGCAAUGCAAAUGACUACGAUUUCCCUUGUGCACUUUUUGUUGAUGAUGGGUGUAGAAACGCAAUAGAGCAUCUCUGCCUUGGCGGUUGUGCCUUCCAUCCCACAGCUGGAUUUGGUUACUUGAGAAAGCUGCGGCUGUUUUGGGUGCAUAUUACGGUGGAUGAAUUAGAAUGCCUUAUUUCCAAAUCUCCAGCUUUGGAGCACUUGGCACUCAAGUAUUGCUAUACGAUCACUUACCUGAAGAUACCUAGCCUGCUACAGCAUCUCAGCUACCUGAUGGUGGCUGCAUGCGCUAAUCUGCAGACAAUAGAGUGUAAAGCUCCAAAUCUCUCCACUUUUUACUUCAGUGGUCGACAAGUUGAACUUCUGUUUGGAUGUUCAGUUCAAGUGAAGACCAUGGAAAUGCGUUGUUCUACUCAGUGUAACACCAUUUAUAAUGCUUGUGCCAACCUGCCAUCCAUUGUGCCAAAUAUUGAAACUCUCAGCAUAUCUUCUGUUAGUGAGGUGGUCAAUACACCAAUCGUGCCUGUAAAAUUCCUCCACCUCAAGUAUCUGUCUAUUUCUCUUGAAGGAAAUGGGGCUUUUUCCCCAGACUAUGAUUACUUUUCUCUGGUUUCUUUGCUGGAUGCUUGUCCUGUCUUGGAAACUUUCAACUUGUUUGUGUCACAGGAUCGCAUGAAACACGAUUCGGUUCUUGGAGACCCGUCGUCACGUCUUAGGCAGAUGCCUGAAUACCGCCACGACAACAUUAAGAAUGUGAAGAUUAUUGGGUUUUGCUCUGCGAAGAGCAUGGUCGAGCUGGCAUGCCAUAUUCUCGAGAAUGCAACAUCACUCGAGUGCCUUACUUUGGACACGAUACGUGCUGUUUUUAGUAUUGACAGACACAUUCACAAAACCGGUGAAUGUGGCCACAUAGGCAGGCAUAUGAUCAGAGAAGCACGUAAGGCGCUCUUGGCUGUCAAAAGAUAUAUUGUGGGAAUAGUUCCCUCCACAGUCAAGUUAAAUGUCCUGGAGCCUUGCAAGCUAUGCCAUGCUUUGGCUGUUUAG